AUGGCCCGUCAUCCAUCCACACUCUUUCUCAUCAGCACACCCUUCAAGGCAUCGAUUCUCUCCAGAAGCUCCGGGAACAGCAGCAAUUUCAGCUACUUCUAUGACCGAUAUCAUAACAAAGAAAGAGCUCGGCGGUCGCCAAAGGACUCCCAAUGCCGCCAGACGCAGUUUAAAUCCCCACCAGCUCAACCAUCCUCGGCAUCACCCCCACCCGUAACUCCCCCCCGGACCCGCACAGCGGAAAUCAAAACAACAACCCCCACCGGCGCCAAAGUCUCCUACUUCCUCAAAGCUGCGCAGGGCAAUACCGGCAAGGGAAUGCUACACAGAGAGUACCACUCCAUGUCCGCCCUGCACAGCGCCCAGCCCACGCUUGCCCCGAAACCACUAGCAUGGGGUACAUACAAAAACGAGCCAACAACGCACUUCUUCCUCUGCGCUUUCCACGUCAUAACGGGUGGCAUCCCCGAUCUCACGGAUUUCCCGCGCGUGGUGACGCAGCUGCACAAGAAUGGGGUCUCGCCGGAUGGGAAGUUUGGAUUCCCUCUGCGGACAUGUCAGAGACGACUCGCUCAGGAUAAUACGCAGUGUGAUACGUGGGAGGAGGCAUUUUCUAGAAGCAUGGAGCAGUUUUUCGACGCUGAGGAAGAGGUGCAGGGGCCUGAUGGCGUGAUGGCGGUGCUCAGGGGGGAGUUAUGGACAAGGCCAUUCUGA